AUGGACAGCUUCCUGCGGAGCCCAACGGCGUUCGUAUAUAAUGUGUUUCAUAUUAUAUCGUCAUUCGGCUUUUGGUAUUCCGCCUCGUUUUGGUCGUGGGUUUUCUGGGUCCUUUGGAUUCACCGUUAUCUCCGGCUUCUUGUUCAUUGCGUUAGCCAUUGGACGUACAAGUCGAAGCCAAUCCCUCCAAAACCAAGUUUCACGCACCAUGACGUGACCGUUGUCAUACCCACGAUUCACAACGCUUUUGAAGAGCUUCGACCUUCUCUGCUGAGCAUCCUGGCCUGCAAGCCGGCGGAGCUCAUCCUGGUUACUACUCAUGACAAACACGAGGCUCUGAAACAGUUGGGCGAGUCCCUGGGAGACUUCAAGAUUACCGUCCUCUCGACUCCCAUCGCAAACAAGAGGAUCCAGGUGUGUGAGGCUUUGCCCCAGGUAAAGACGCGCAUUACCGUCAUGGCGGAUGACGACGUGACCUGGCCUUCCACCAUGCUUCCUUGGAUACUCGCCCCGUUCGAAGACGCCAAGAUUGGAGGUGUAGGGACCUGCCAGAGAGUCAAGCGCGAGUGGACCGGCCCCUGGGCAAGUCGGAUUUGGAACUGGCUCGGGGCUGCCUACAUUGAGCGCCGCAACUUUGAAAUCUCGGCCACACACAACAUAGAUGGUGGUACCUCGUGCAUGUCGGGGCGAACCGGGGCAUACCGCUCGGAGAUUCUUUCUAGCCACGACUUUCUGCACGGGUUCAAGAACGAGAAAUGGAGAAACUGGAUCCUCAAUGCAGACGACGACAACUUUGUGACUCGCUGGCUGGUCAGCCUCGGAUGGAAGACAUGGAUCCAAUAUGCUUCGGAGUGUGAGCUGGAGACGACUCUCGAAAACGGCUUCAAGUACCUUUAUCAAUGUUCCCGGUGGGCUCGUAGCAACUGGAGAAGCAACUGCAAGAGCCUUUUCAUCGAGAAGCACGUCUGGAAACAGCAGUGGUGGUGCACGUAUGCUCUCCACAUUGCCACUUUUACCUCGCUGGCGUUUCUGGUGGACCCGCUCCUCCUUGCCUCCUGUUGGUGGGCCACGGCUGGGUGGGAAAUGAAAAGCCGACGAUACGCCUUUUGGGCCCAAUUCAUCUUCAUGUUCGCCUUGACCAAGGUUGUCAAGCUUGUGGGUCUCUUCCGCAGAAACCCAGGAGACAUGAUAUUCUUGCCCGUCUCCAUAGUAUUUGGUUACUUCCAUGGACUCAUCAAACUCUACGCCUUGUUUACUCUUAACAUGACUUCUUGGGGCAGCCGAGCCGAUGGUGACAAGAAUGAUGAGCAAAGAUUGGCACCUGUGCCGCAACCAUCUUCUGUAUUGAAAGUUCCUCCCGGAGGCAAAUCUCUCGUUCAGUUCAACGUCCGUCAGCAGGCAAGACAGACGUCUCUUGAAAGUAGAGAUGGCGAUUUGCGGGAGAAGCGCGACUACGUCGCGUGCGACUCGAGCACUUCAUAUGUGCCAAUUCGAGUCCCAAAGGAACCCCUUUCGCGUGCCCAGGACGCUGGGAGCGUACGCAGUUCCCAUUUGUACUGA